AUGAAUCCUCUUGAGCCAGUCUUUCGCCAAAUCUCGCACGUACCACAAGUUGUACCACUCGCAAAUACCCAUGCUGUGAACAGCACUGCAAUUGAGACUUACGAGUCUCCACCAAGCGCCAGAGCAGAGUUGAAUGGCGACCAGAGAGGAGGUACACAACAGUUGCAUCCGGAGUCAGUCGGUGCCAGAUUUAUCGUGGCCGUCGAUUUCGGAACUACUUACUCCACGGUUGCCUUUGCCAAAGUCGGGCCUGGGACGGACGUAAGCGGUCUAGGUCCCAAUGACAUUCGGUGCAUCGUCAACUACGAGGAUGCGGCCGGCUCGCGCGACGCUAGAAUGAAUGCGCGAUACGACAACGUACCCACCGAGCUUCUCUACUUUUCCCCAUCGUAUAGUGACUCUGAGACCUCCGAUUCGGAGUCAGCGCCGCGCGAAAAUGAGUUUGAGCAAGAUUUCGAAUCUCCCCCAGGCUCACCUCGGAUAAGGCCAGGGCCGCGGGGCCGCAAGCGAACGAGGCGCGUUCAGCAGCAAAUCUGGACACGACAAGGCUUCAUUGAGUGGGGAUAUCGGGUACACCACAUACAAAAACAUCCACAUGAACUCCACUCGAAGAAUGAUGUUGAGAUUGUGAGACUAAUCAAAUUGAUCCUGGGAGAUGAACAAGCGGACGAGGCGGACGAGAGCAGCGGAGCUGGUGGUGUACAGACUAAACGUUUGAGAGACGUACAGCGAGAAAUACUCCAGCAGGUGAGCCGUUUGCAGGAUCGGAAGGCGGUCAGGUGUUUGAACGACAUCUUGACUGACUAUCUUGUUCGACUACUGUACCAUGCCAAGCAGAUCCUGCGCAGAAACGAGGGCCUCACUGCCGACUCACAGAUUGACUAUGUCUUAUGCGUCCCGGUCUCUUGGUCGCCGGCUGCUUCCCAAACCAUGCACAACGCCAUGGCAAGCGCCGUUCGGAAAUCAGGUCUUGGAACCUUGUACGGAGAUGCCAUCAUCGCAGACCUUUUCAUUGUCUCCGAGCCCGAGGCUGCUGCCCAAUUCGUGCUCGCGUCACUAGGGGAGAAAGGACGACUGAGGCAGAAUCAAAUCUUCACACUGCUGGAUGCAGGUGGCGGCACUGUGGACAUCACGACAUACAAAGUCACUUCUGACGGAAAUCGGCCAUUGCGCUUGCAGGGUGAAAUGAUCCCGCCGGAUGGAGCUCUUUGCGGGUCUUCGCUGAUCAACGAAGCGUACAAGAAGAGACUUCUGGAGAAGCUCUGCGAUACGGAUUUCAACGGAGGAGCCGACGAGCUCAAGAGCGUAGUUGCUGGACUGGUCGCAGACUUUGAGGUGUCCCUCAAACCGUACAUCGACUUCACAAAGAAGAAAACACUCCCGCGCCGCUUGUACAUACCAGGCCUUCGGGACAACCCGGAAAAGAAAAUCAGCAAACACUGUCUCAGAUUCUCAGAGCAGGAGAUCUUUGACCUGUUCAAGGACUGCCUCAACGGAGUGAGCCGACUGCUCGAAUCGCAACUGGAUCGUGCGGCAAAGAAAGGCUUGACAGUGAUCGAUGUCGUGGUCGUUGGUGGUUUUGGUGAGUCGCCCGCGCUGCGCGCACGCAUUGAACAGGUCACUGCCUGUAGAACAAACAUGGUGGGCGGAAAGAUCGGCCUGAUCUGGCCCGACAAGUUUCCCACGUCGACCGUAGCCAGAGGCGCGGUUUUGCGGUCGCUCAAUAAAGAGAAUGGCCCCUCCCGUAUCUCGAGGGCCAGCUAUGGCUUCCUACAAACCGAGCCCUAUAAGGAACACAAAGAACACGUCCAAGCUGGCUUGGUGCCUUCGGUUGACAAGGUCGACGGCUUCGAAUACGUCAAGAACACCAUCCUCUGGGUCAUUCAAAAGGAUGACAAACUCGACACGAGAUUCACAUCAAAAACGUUUCCCUCAUCGCACACCUUUGGAAGACAGGAACCCAAACUCGUGUGCGUCGAGUGUCUUUACACAUCAGCCAAACGGCACCGUUCGCACUUCCCGCGCGACCACGCGGAGAAUGAAGGUCUGUCCAACCUACGUCUCUUCUUCUUCCUCUUCUCCCCUUUCUUCCCUCUUGCCUCGAUUCCCCCAAACACAGCUCCGCGCUCAACUCCCUCUUCCUCCAUCUUUCUCGUUUUCACCAGGGCCGUACUCCACACCGCUGACCAACCCGCAGGGGCAACCUUGCUCGGAGAGAUAGAAAUUGACAUGACCGAGUUCCGAAACGAUCUGCCCACCAAGGAAAAUGCCUACACUGACACAGCCGCAAAGAUGGCGAAGCGCAGGAUCAUCGACGUGACCUUCGACCUGGUCAUCACUGUGGAGGGUCAGCAACUGAUGUACGAGGCCCGUUGGCCAAGUCAUACCCAGGCGCACCUAGGUGACGUUCGCAAAACGAAGACAGGGUACCUUAGUCUUGCACCCGGCUUUGCACCAGGCACGGUGUGA